UGCAUUCAGUCGAAAAGAGAGAGACCUACGUUUUGCACAAUAUUAUCAGGUCAAAGACGUUGUUAGUCCCAAACGACUAGCUGUAGAGGCUGAGAUAAGCCUACGUACAACCUUCUUUGUGGGAAAAAUAAUAAGCAUGAUUACCGCCAGUCUAUGUUUGUAUUGUCUUUGAAAAUGGAAUUUCAACCAACUGAUUAUUGAUCUUCAUAACGGUCUUACUUUUGCCAUGGUUGCUCAUUGAGUGCCGUGAGUCAUUACUGUGGAAACGGCUAAGCAUUUUAGUAAGUUACGUCCACAUACGUCCAGCUGAAGAAGAAAGUCUUAUCAGGACUUGCCCUCCUGGAGCAGGUUCUAUUGAGGCUGAACCUCCGAGGUGCAUAAGGAUCAUCUUCUUGAUCUAUUUUUCUUUGAUUUAGUCGGUCUUGCUUCAUAACAGUCCCAAUGUCGUCGAUGGGCUCCAGACCCCAGAGUAGGAAGGACACCAAAAUGCGCAUUCGUGCGUUUCCUAUGACGAUGGAUGAGAAGUACGUGAACAACAUUUGGUCCUUGCUCAAGAAUGCCAUCCAGGAAAUUCAGAAGAAGAACAACAGUGGGCUGAGCUUCGAGGAGCUGUACAGAAACGCCUACACCAUGGUGCUACACAAACAUGGGGAGAAGCUGUACACAGGCCUGAGGGAUGUGGUCACCGAGCACCUCAUUGGAAAGGUGAGGGAAGAUGUCCUGAGGGCUUUGAACAACAACUUCCUCCAGACUCUGAACGCAGCUUGGAAUGACCACCAGACAUCCAUGGUCAUGAUUCGGGAUAUUCUCAUGUACAUGGACCGGGUGUAUGUGCAGCAGAACAACGUGGAGAACGUCUACAACUUGGGCCUGAUCAUUUUUAGAGACCAGGUUGUUCGCCACCCGUCGAUCCGCGACCAUUUACGCUCCACUUUGCUGGAAAUGGUUUCGAAAGAAAGGAAAGGAGAGGUGGUGGACAGGGGAGCAGUGAAAAACGCUUGUCAGAUGCUGAUGAUUCUUGGCAUUGAUUCGAGGGUAGUGUACGAGGAGGACUUUGAGCGACCGUUCCUGGAUCAGUCGGCAGAGUUUUACAGGCUGGAAAGCCAGAAAUUCUUGGCGGAGAACUCGGCCUCUGUGUACAUAAAGAAGGUGGAGGCCAGGAUCAACGAGGAAGCCGAGAGGGCCACACAUUACCUGGACAAGUCCACAGAGGAGCCGGUGGUCAAGGUGUUAGAGGAAGAGCUGAUCAGUAAACACAUGAAGACUAUUGUGGAGAUGGAAAACUCAGGAGUAGUCCACAUGCUGGAGAACAACAAAACAGACGAUCUGGCCUGCAUGUACAAGUUGUUUAUCCGAGUCGGUGACGGGCUGAAGACCAUGUCCGACUGCAUCAGCAAGUACUUGAGGGAGCAGGGCAGAGCACUUGUCAGUGAGGAGGGGGAGGAAAGCAAGAAUGCAAUCACAUACGUUCAGAAUCUGCUCGACCUCAAGGACCGCUUCGGCCACUUCCUGCACGAAUCCUUCAGCGACGACAAGAUUUUCAAGCAAAUGAUCUCGAGCGACUUUGAGUACUUCAUCAACCUGAAUCCCAAGUCUCCCGAGUAUCUCUCCCUCUUUGUGGACGACAAACUCAAAAAGGGUGUCAAAGGAAUGACAGAGCAAGAGAUCGAGAACGUGCUGGACAAGAGCAUGGUUCUGUUCCGCUACCUCCAGGAGAAGGACGUGUUUGAGCGCUACUACAAGCAGCACUUGGCCCGCAGGCUACUCCUCAACAAGAGCGGCUCUGACGACUCCGAAAAGAACAUGAUCUCAAAACUCAAGACGGAGUGCGGCUGCCAGUUCACCUCCAAGCUGGAGGGCAUGUUCAAGGACAUGGCGCUGUCCAGCAGCAUCCAGGAGGAGUUCAAGCACUACUGCGCCGAGAAGAAGGUGGUGCUGUUUGGCGUGGACCUGACGGUGCGGGUGCUGACCACGGGCUACUGGCCCACGCAGACGGCCACGCCCAUCAACAUCCCUGCAGAGCCCCGGGCCGCCUUUGAGGGCUUCAGAGUAUUUUACCUGAGCAAACACAGUGGCCGGCAGCUCACCCUGCAGCCUCAUCUGGGCUCGGCCGAUCUCCAUGCAAGCUUCUCAGGUGCCAAACGCGAGGACGCGGACAGCGGGCCAGCCAGCUCGGCCAAGGGCAUCCGCAAGCAUAUACUGCAGGUGUCCACCUAUCAGAUGUGUGUGCUCGUACUCUUCAAUAUCAGGGACAAGUGGACGUUCGAGGAAAUAAAAAAUGAAACAGAUAUGCCUGAAAGGGAACUCACAAGGGCGUUGCAAUCUCUAGCCGUGGGGAAGAUAGGGCAAAGAAUUCUGCAAAAAGAGCCGAAAACAAAGGAUAUAGAGGCUUCCCAUAUCUUCUCUGUCAACGACCAAUUUUCAUCAAAGUUGGUGCGAGUCAAAAUUCAAAUGGUGGCAUCCAACAAAGGGGAAGCAGAACCCGAGAGUCGAGCCACCAGGAUUAAAGUCGAUGAAGACAGGAAGCAUGAGAUCGAGGCAGCAUUGGUCCGGAUAAUGAAAGCAAGGAAGAAGUUGCAGCACAAUUCCUUAGUUGCAGAGUGUACAGAGAUGCUCAGACCAAGAUUCCUGCCCAGUCCUGUGGUCAUCAAGAAAAGGAUAGAAGGAUUGAUAGAGAGGGAGUACCUAGCCAGAGCAACAGAAGACAGAAAAAUCUACACCUAUGUCGCCUAACCCCCCUGCUCAAGCAUCGCGUGUGUCCAAGCGUUGGGGUAUUGUGUCUGUCGUCUGGCGUGUACUGCAGCACCUGUGUCGGCCUGCGGUGAUUGCUGGCGUCUUCGUCCUUGUCCUCGUCCUGGCUGGCUGGUGAAGAACUAUUGCAGGGCUGGAAGUUGGGAGGAGAGGGGAGGGGGCUGGUUGGCUAGCGGAAUUUGUUUGUGUGUGUGUGUGUGUGUGCGCGCAUGUAUUUGUGCAUGUUAUUAUUGUGUGGAGGUGUGAGUAGGUGUGUGUGCGCACGAUUUAUCAUUGUGUGUGGGUCAGCGAGUGUGUGUGUGAGUGUGAGAUUUAUCUUUUGUGUGUGGGUGAACGAGUUGAUGUGAGUGUGUGUGAGGGUGCGAGUGUGCGAUUUAUCUUUUGUGUGUGGGUGAGCGAGUAGGUGUGUGUGUGUGUGUGCGCGCGCGCGGCUGCGCUAGCCUCAGCAAAUUUGUCCCGCCCAGCCUUUCUGUCGACGUCCUGUCGUCAGCUACGGGGGUUAUGGUGCUGACCUCUUCUCCUAGGGCGUCGGCUGUGGGGUUUUCUCCUUCCUUUCAUCUCUCCUCCGCCAGUCUCACGACCGUUUGGUCGGUCGUUUGUAAAAGUGGUUGGUUGAAUGUCUGCUGAGGUUGAAAUUUCGCUUCUUUCUCAAUUUCAAAGUUGUGUACAAACGCUGAGAGAGUCGUGCCAUGUACAGGUUUAUUUUUAAAAAGUCUUUUUGUUUUUUUCGAGUGGGUAUCUACCUUUUGAUUUUGUUGAAACUAUGCGACCUGUGAGGAGGGCAGAGAGAGAGUUGGGGAAGAUGGGAGGGUCGCGGAGUGCAGCUAAGUCUUCACAAGUGGCCACGCCCUCCCCGUGAAGGUCUCCCCUAGUUGUACCACAGUUCUGGGAAAUACGACAUUCAAAACAUAGUUGGGUUUUUUUUGGUACUACUUUUUAGGGACUGGUAAAUUUUUUUGUUUUUUUGUUUUUUUUUGGUGUUUGUGUGUGUGUGAGUAUAUUUGUUUUCUUUCUUUGAUUUUGGUUAGAUUUUGCAACAGGGUUUCCUCACCCCCACCCCCCCACCCCCUUAUGUAUUGUGGAGUGAAAGAUAGCUCUUUCAGUUGCCCAACGACCUUUGUUGUGCGUGUGUGUUUUUGUUUCGGUGUUAAUGAUAGAUGUGCAUUUAGUCCUUUUUUUUUGGUUGGUUUUUUUGGUUCUCAGCAGGGGCAUUUAUUGAUUUCAUCUGUAUGACAGCAUUAGUGACAGAGGUGUACUGGUUUUGUAAGGUAGUGAGGUGGUGGUAGUGUCCAGUGGUGGGUUCUCUCCUAGAAUGAAUGUGUCCUGUGCUAGGUGACACUCCCCCCUCCCCCCCAUAUGGUGAGUGUUUUGUGUACAGCUAGUCCCACUCUUGUGUUUGUCGACGAGGUCACCGUUGUUUUUUCUUGCAACAUCACUGGUCACUCCACUGUAUCUGGUUUGUCUUCUUUGAGGAUUUGUGGGUGGGCUGGGGGGGUGGGGGGUGUUAGCAUCUUUUGUUCACAGCACACAUUCACUGGUAGUAUGAUCUGUCUGCACGGAAAUAUUUUCCCCCCCACAAAGUCGGUGAAGUAACGGCAAGUUACGCGCACACAUUACUGCGUUCAGUUUCACAGUCUUUUGGUUGUGGAGUGGUAAUGAAAUCUGGGCUACGCUCUCCCCACAAGUGUUUGGAUCUAGUUUUUUUGUGAUCAAAUUGAGGCUUUCUUCUCAUAUGACAGGGUUUUUGUCCUCACAAGAAAAGACUGUAAUCAGCAAGUGAGGUUGUAGGUGGACAGAGUAGAGGGGAACUGAUUUAGUCUCACAGGGUUCCUGCGGUCUUCUUGAAUUCAAGAAGCCCUUGAAAACUCCUUGAAUUUGAGGAACCUCAUUGAAAACUCCUUGAAUUUCACAGGAUCGGACAUAAAUAAAUUUUUUGUCGGACAAUCAAAACUACGAUUCAUUUUGGACAAGAGUAAGCCCAUUGGAAAUAGCUAUUAGGGUGCGAUUCCGCUGUCGAAAACGACAUGAAUUUCUUGACCAAAUAUCCUUGAAUUUUAAAAAUUUCUCCUUGAAAUCUCCUUGAAUUUGGUGUGGAGUUCGUGGAAGGAACCCUGGUCUCAACUUAAGCACAAAGUCAGCCAGUAUGGAUCAGAGCACACUCAAUGGGCUAACACUUGAACGAUUCAUACAGUUGUUCUAAUGAACUACCCGGCACAAAAUGAACCCACCAGAUCACUAAACAAUAAUGUGUCCCGAUGUGGUGGAGUCGGGCGCUCGUCAAUUUUUGGGGCAUAUUGAGUUAUUGGUAUCAUCUUAAACCCUGUCCAUUUGCCUGGCUUUUGAUGAAACCAAUACUCAUUUAUCUUGGAUACAAGUCGAAAUAUUUGCCAUUGAAGGAGGUGGGGGUCGCCUGGUUUCAGAGGUGAAAUUAGCGAGAAAAUGUCCCCCAAAG